AUGGAUCAAUUCAACUUGACUUACACCCCUCGCGAUGACUCUCAGGAGGACGGGGGUGUCUCCCUCCCCCAAUCUCUGUCCCAUGACCCCUUGAUGGUCUUCCCCAACACUGGGAGCUAUGCCUAUCCUAUGUUGUCGCAGGACGCCAACAUGGACAUGAUCCCGUUUGAUCGUCCACCUCCUCAGGGGGACCUCGAGGGUCGCCUCUCCAAUGUUAUGCUGGCCUAUGAUACCAACAACCCGGCCAUGCAGAUGGGCAUCGAUCCUAACGCCUACUACGUGCCCACCUCCUACCCCGCCACCCCCAUGACCCUCGCACCGAUGGACCAGCCGCAACUCCAUCCCUCCUUUUCAUCCUUUCAAAACUUGGCACCGCACGCGCAAUAUCUUCAACAACCGCAGCUGCAAAUACAACCGCCACCGCAGCCGCAACACCAUCAACACCACCAACGCCAACAUCAACAUCAACAUCAACAUCAACAGGCCCAGAGUAUAUCCACACAGAACGAACCUUAUAGUACGGCCGGCAACAACUCCUCAGGGAGUUUUGAAUCUGACUUCUCCCGGCCAAGUGAUCAUACUCAGACCCAGACCAUCCAGACCGCCCAGGCCGUUCAAGAGCCCCCGCGACAGCCACCGUAUCCUCCACCAACCAUACAGCGACCUCUUCAGCCUCUCCCAAUCCAGGCUGUCCCAAUUCAACCCGUCGCAAUCCAGCCCAAGAAACCAGCGCAGCCUAAACGCCAGUCCCCUGGAUUGAAUACUCCUGAUGCGGGCAAGACCGAGCACACGGGUAUCUACUCCAACAGUGGCUUUGAUGUUCUGGGAGUCUUGAGCCGAGUGGCAGGUCGUCCGAAUCCCAAAAUCAACAUAGGUGCCGUCGACUUAUCCUGUGCCUUUGUUCUUUGCGAUAUGCACCGGGAAGAUAGUCCGAUUGUGUAUGUGUCAGAAGCCUUUGAGAGGCUGACUGGCUACGUCAAAGAGGAGAUUGUCGACCGAAACUGUCGCUUCCUGCAGGAUCCAAACGGCAAUGUUCAACCUGGCAUGAAGCGAACUUUUGUGGAUGGACAGACCGUCUACCGCCUCCGUUCAACGAUUCAGGAUCGGAGUGAGAUCCAGGCGAGUAUUAUUAACUACCGCAAGGGCGGCCAGCCCUUCAUGAACCUCAUCACCAUGAUUCCUAUUCAGUGGAACUCGGACGAUUAUCGUUUUUAUGUUGGAUUUCAGGUCGAUCUGGUAGAGAAACCGGAUGCGAUCACUAGGAGAAACCCCGAUGGCACCUACAGUAUCAACUAUCAACGGGAUCAGCUACCGCAAUACAUGGUGCCAACGCCAGACAUUUACCGCAUGCGCCCUGAUCUUGCGACCCAGUUUGGCCAUGACGAGGUGACAUCCAUCCUCAAUGUCGUGGGUGUCCCAGGCUCUGGCCUAUCACGAAGCUAUUUGGAUCGGAUCUUGGUUGAGAACACCGAUGAUCUGAUCCACGUGCUGUCCUUUAAUGGCGAGUUCUUAUACCUAUCCCCGUCCUGUAAGCGGGUCCUCGAAUACGACUCUAUUGAGCUGGUGGGGAAGACAUUAUCGACGGUCUGCCAUCCUAGCGAUAUUGGCCCCGUGAUUCGUGAUCUGCGGGCGAGCACAACUCCAGCUGCAAUCAGCGUCGUGUAUCGUAUCCGCAAAAAGUACCAAGGGUACAUUUGGUUUGAAAGCCAUGGUGCCUGGCAUAUUGACCCUCACCAAGGCCGCAAAUAUCUCGUGAUGACUGGCCGCCCACGACCUGUGUACGCGGUAGAUCAAAUCGCCCGUCUGGGCUCCUCAGCGGCGCUGGCUGAAAACGAUGUGUGGGCCAAGAUCUCCCUGUCGGGUGUCAUCUUGUACGUGACGAGCAAGUCCAAACCUGUGCUGGGACGCACCCCCGAUGAUUUGGUUGGUAAGAGCUUCCACGACCUGAUGGAGCCUGAGGAUGGCCCUGAGUCCAUCUCAGAGGCCCUGGAUUUGGCUAUCUUGCUCUUUGAGGAGCACAAUAGCAGCGAUAGCAAAAAGGAACCACCAUCGUUCCGACACCAGAUGCGUCACAAAAAAGGCCACUCGCUUUCUGCCCACACCACUAUUUACCCCGGAGACUCGAUGGAUGGGCUCAGGCCGUCAUUCCUCGUCGCUCAGAUUCGAUUCGCGCGAGCAUUCCCUCCGACCGCCGCUGCAACAGCUGCUGCAGACGACUCUGCCAUGGCUGAUGUUCCCGGCACAAGCAAGGGAACUACUCUCACCACCUCUGACCCUAACCCUCCUCGCCAGUACGGCGCUCUAGGGCAACGUAUGCCCGAUAUCUCCACCGUCGUCGGCCUGAACGGUCUACCCACUGGAAACCGCGCCAUUUCCCCAUCCGACGUGCCCGCCACCCUUUUCAUCGAACUGAACCCCACUCGCGGGUCCAGCUGGCAGAUCGAAUUGCGUGAACUGGAAAAGCAAAAUCGCAUGUUAUCCGAUGAGUUACAACGCCUGGUUACCCGACGCAAGAAACGAAAGCGCAAGCAGACAGCCAUUUCGGUGGAGAAAUCGUGUUCGAUGUGCAACACCAAGAACACCCCGGAAUGGCGACGUGGUCCGAGCGGGAAUCGAGACCUGUGUAACAGCUGUGGGUUACGAUGGGCGAAACAGAUGCGAAAUCAAAAUCAAAAUCAACUAGCAUCGUUACCGGCCAAGGUUAUAGCUUGA